GAAUAGUCCUCAGACUUUGAUCAGAAGAAACAGAGACAGUCGGAGUUACAGCACUGAGCACUCGCUGGCUGUGAGAAAAUAUUCACAAGUCACAAGAUAAACAGGUGAGCUUGGAAUGGCUGUGGCACAGGUGUUGCUUCUGGCUUCUGUGCUGCUCCGUUGCUCCUCAGCCGUACCUGCAUGUCCACAGUCCUGCACCUGUCAGAGUCCUGAUCUGCUGAACUGCUCCUCCUCGGGCCUCACUUUCAUGCCACAACACAUCCCAGACUCUGUCACUGAGCUCGACCUGUCUGAUAACCUCCUCGACUCUGUAACAAUUGGCCGACGACAGGAUCAGCUGAGGAAUGUUUGGCUGGGGAACAAUAGGAUCACAGGCCUGUCGCUCUGUCUCGAGAGGAGCCUGGGAGGCCGUUAUGUCACAGGUAGACGUCUUCACCACUCAUCAGGACCUUGGCAGAAGCGGAGGUGUGUGCCCUGGGCCCGAACCCUGCAGCUGUUAUCUGUCGAGAGGAAUCAGCUAGAGCAACUCCCAGAGGGGCUGCAGAGCUGUGAAUCCUUACAGGUUCUGCAGCUCUCCUUCAACAGAAUCUCAACCCUACGACCACAAGACUUCAGCAACCUUCAGCAGCUAAAAGAGCUCAACCUAAAACAUAACCUCCUCACGAGUCUCCAUCCACAGACGUUCAUGGGUUUAUCCCAGCUCCAGGUCCUUGAUCUGAGCUUCAACAUGUUGACUAGCCUUCAUCCGUCGAUGUACCUUUCUCUGCACAACAUUGGUGCACAUGUAAAGCUGGCUGGGAACAGGUGGAAGUGUGAUUGCAGUAUGCGCAGUUUAAGAAGGCGGAUGGGCUAUGAUAGCAGCAGAGGCCUGCAUGCUUGGAGCCUGGUGUGCGCUUCCCCCUCCACACUCUCAGGAAGGGAUCUGCUACAUUUGGAGGAAGAUGACCUAAACUGUUUUACAACUGAGAACAGACCAGAGAGCCAUCAAUCUGUGAAAGUCUUCAGUGGUUCUGAGAUAUUACUCUCUUGCUCCGCACAAGAUUCAAUGGGAUGGAUGCCCAGUGGUCAAGCAUCUGUGAACCAACCUGAGGCUGGUCUUCUCAUCAAGGACCUCACAGAAAGGGAUACAGGACUAUAUGUGUGUGUUUCUGAAGAACAGGACGAUGUGUCUGUUUUUAACCUCCAAAUCAGCAAAGUAGGAGGUGUACAGAGAAAAGCUCGAAGUGUGCCUGGAAGCAGUAGUCAAACAAUCUCACAAGGCAUUCCAGAGAGAAAAGACAAUGAGAGGAAUCAGAGAGCGACCUCGUCUGAAUUGGCUCUGGCUGUGUGUUUGUCUAUUUUAUUCACGUUUCUGGUUGCCUUUAUCCUCGGGGUCCUAGCAAGACCUUGUAUCGAUGUUCUUUGGAAAAGGUUCUACAAAAAAAAAAGCUCCCCGGCCACAAACACUGUCUCAACUGUAGAACAAAGCCAAUAUGACAAUGACGCCUUCUGCGAUUUAGAGGAACAAGAGGUGAGAGGAGCUCACAGGGAAAGGAGAGUCACAUUCAGCACUGUAGACUUCAAAGAAGACAGCAAUGUGCAGUAUUAUGACACUGUAGCCAAUGAUGAUCAGCAGAGCAUUAAUGAUGACGGGUUGUUAUAUGAAGCAGUUGGCGAUAUGAAAGAUGGAGCUCGUGAUUCAGAAAGUGAAAACAGCUCUCAACAGAGUCCAGAGGAUAACCAGAGAGACAGCAGAAAUCUGUCAGGCACUACUCAUGCAGGGGUCACAAUCACCGAGAGGAGGCACUCGUCUUCCUCGGAUUCUUCACUAUCUGAAAGAGAACGUAAUGAAAAACAAAUGACCCGGCAAGACCAAACCAGACCCAAGUCUCCACAGCUGGUAGAGGACUCUAUGCAGCAGAGAGCUAACAUGUCAUCAGCUGGAGAGGUGUCACAUAUCUCCAUUAAGGCAUUGACAAAUGAAGAAACUGGAUUUUCUUCUGAGCCUUUUGCAGGUUGGUCACCACAAACAAAUCAGACAAACGGAGCAGACCCUGAUAAGUGGCAGGGAUAUGAAGAACAAUUUGAAUUUAGCGAUUCUGCUCAAAGCACCUCUUCAAGGUCCAACAGUGUGCUUGGUUCUUUUCAUGAUUCAAAACUAACUGUCACACCCACUUUGGGUAUACAGAAGAGGGGUGAUACAUCAAGCUCCAGCUCAUAUUUAAGUGAGGAUGAAACAACACAUUACACUGUAAAUUCAGACCAAGAGGAGGAUGUCACUACUGUUUGCCUCAAACAGAAUACUACUCUGGAACAGCAUAUCCAUGUUAUAGAUGCAAACAGGCCCUCAGUGGGAAUUAAUCAUAGUCAGCCUGGUUUAAGGAAAGCACACUCCUUUUCCUCUUCUUCAAGUGAAAGUGAAGGGGAGGACCCACGCUGGCCUUCUCUAGAUGUCAAGCAUAUCCCUAAGAUCAAGAGGCGUCUAGAUAUCAAAGCACCUACUCCAGCCUCUGAUUCAUUUUCCAAUAGUGACAGUGAGGAUGAAUCAACAAACCACAUCAAGAAACAAGUGCAACAACAGACAGAGAUGGCAAAGUAUCCUAUAACAAUAACGCAAACUGUGAUUCAUGGCCAAGGAACACAGUGGCCCAUCCAAACACCACCACCAGCUUCUGAUUCUUCAUCUAGUAGUGACAGUGAGGAUGACAGAACAAAAUACAUUGAGAGGCCUGGGAAAGUGGACCUUCCAGAACUUGGAAUUCAGAAACCUCAAACAGAUAGUCAUGUUCCAGACGCAGGCUGGCCUUCUCUAGAUCUCAAGCAUAUCCCUAAGAUCAAGAGGCGUCUAGAUAUCAAAGCACCAAGUCCAGCCUCUGAUUCAUCCUCCAGUAGUGACAGUGAGGAUGAAUCAACAAACCACAUCAAGAAACAAGUGCAACAACAGACAGAGAUGGAGAGGGUUUCAAUAAUAAUAUCUCAAAAUGUAAGUCAGGACCAAGGAACACGGUGUCCUGUCAAAACACCAUCACCAGCUUCUGAUUCUUCAUCUGGUAGUGACAGUGAGGAUGAAAAAGUAAUCUAUAGGGAGAAGCCUGGGAAAGUGGUCAUUUCUGACCUUGGAAUUCAGAAACCUCAAACAGAAAGUCCUGUUCCAGACACAAGCUGGCCUUCCCUAGAUCUCGGGCAUAUUCCCAAGAUCAAGAGACGUCUAGAUAUCAAAGUACCAUCACCAGCCUCUUCCAGUAGCAACAGUGAGGAUGAACCAACAAACCACAUCAAGAAACAAGUGCAAAAACAGACAGAGAUUGCAAGGGUUCCAAUAACUACAUCUCAAAAUUUAAGCCAAAGCCAAGGAACACAGUGGCCCAUCAAAGCACCAUCACCAGCUUCUGAUUCUUCAUCUAGCAGUGACAGUGAGAAUGAAUCUACCAAACACAUAAAGAAACAGGAACAGCAGACCAACAUGGCAAAGCUUCCAAAUAAAGGAUCUCAAACUGUUCCUCUUGACCCACAAACGCAGUGGCCUCUCCUUGACCUUCAGCAGACCACACACAUCAAGAGACGUCUAGAUUUCAAAGCAAAAUCUGCUGCCUCUGAUACCUCUUCUAGUAGUGACAGUGAGGAUGACACAACAAAAUACAUUGAGAGGCCUGGGAAAGUGGACCUUCCAGAACUUGGAAUUCAGAAACCCCAGACAGAUAGUCAUGUUCCAGACAAACUCUGGCUUUCUCUAGAUCUCAAGCAUAUCCCUAAGAUCAAGAGGCGUCUUGAUGUAAAAGCACCAACUCCAGCCUCUGAUUCAUCCUCCAGUAGUGACAGUGAGGAUGAAUCAACAAACCACAUCAAGAAACAAGUGCAACAACAGACAGAGAUGGAGAGGGUUCCAAUAAUGAUAUCUCAAAAUGUAAGUCAGGACCAAGGAACACGGUGUCCUGUCAAAACACCAUCACCAGCUUCUGAUUCUUCAUCUAGCAGUGACAGUGAGGAUGAUAAAGCAAUCAAUAGAGAGAGGCCUGGGAAAGUGGUCAUUUCUGACCUUGGAAUUCAGAAACCUCAAACAGAAAGUCAUGUUCCAGACACAAGCUGGCCUUCCCUAGAUCUCAGGCAUAUCCCUAAAAUCAAGAGGCGUCUAGAUAUCAAAGCACCAACUCCAGCUUCUGGUUCAUCCUCCAGGAGUGACAGUGAGGAUGAACCAACAAACCACACCAGGAAACAAGUGCAACAACAGACAGAGAUUGCAAGGAUUCCAAUAACUACAUCUCAAAUUUUAAGCCAUGGCCAAGGAACACAGUGGCCCAUCAAAGCACCAUCACCAGCUUCUGAUUCUUCAUCUAGCAGUGACAGUGAGGAUGAAUCUACCAAACACAUAAAGAAACAGGAGCAGAAGACCAACAUGGCAAAGCUUCCAUUAAAAGGAUCUCAAACUGUUCCUCUUGGUCCACAAACACAGUGGACCCUCCUUGAUCUUGAGAAUACCAGACACAUCAAGAGACGUCUAGAUUUCAAAGCAAAAUCUGCUGCCUCUGAUACCUCUUCUAGUAGUGACAGUGAGGAUGACAAAACAAAAUACAUUGAGAGGGCUGGGAAAGUGGACCUUCCAGAACUUGCAAUUCAGAAAACUCAAACAGAUAGUCAUGUUCCAGACAUACGCUGGCAUUCUCUAGAUCUCAAGCAUAUCCCUAAGAUCAAGAGGUGUCUAGAUAUCAAAGCACCAACUCCAGCCACUGAUUCAUCUUCCAAUAGUGACAGUGAGGAUGAAUCAACAAACCACACCAGGAAACAAGUGCAACAACAGACAGAGAUGGCAAGGGUUCCAAUAACAAAUUCUCAAAAUGUAAGUCAGGACCAAGGAACACGGUGGCCUGUCAAAGCACCAUCACCAGCUUCUGAUUCUUCAUCUAGCAGUGACAGUGAGGAUGAUAAAGCAAUAAAUAGAGAGAGGCCUGGGAAAGUGGUCAUUUCUGACCUUGGAAUUCAGAGACCUCAAACAAAUAGUCAUGUUCCAGACACAAGCUGGCCUUCCCUAGAUCUCAGGCAUAUCCCUAAAAUCAAGAGGCGUCUAGAUAUCAAAGCACAAACACCAGCUUCUGGUUCAUCCUCCAGUAGUGACAGUGAAAAUGAAUCAACAAACCACACCAGGAAACAAGUUCAACAACAGACAGAAAUGGCAAGGGUUCCGAUAACAAAUUCUCAAAAUGCAAGUCAGGACCAAGGAACACGGUGGCCUGUCAAAGCACCAUCACCAGCUUCUGAUUCUUCAUCUAGCAGUGACAGUGAGGAUGAAUCUACCAAACAUUUAAAGAAACAGGUGAAACUGACAGACAUAGGAAGGCUUCCAAUUAAAGAAUCUCAAACUGUAACUCAUGACCCACAAACGCAGUGGCCUCUCCUCGACCUUCAGCAGACCACACGCCUUAAGAGGCGCCUGGAUUUCAAAGCAAAAUCUGCUGACUCUGAUACUUCUACUAAGAUAAGCAAAUCCCAAACAGUAGAACCCAAUCCAAUUCUAAGAUGGCCAGAAUUGGGUCCAAGUGCCCACCAUGUAAUGAGUGGCAUAGAUCAACCUGAGUCGUCUUCAAGUAGCGAUGAAAGUGAAGUAGAGACUUCUGGCCUACAUGUGACAGAGGUUGGGGUUACAAGUCAUCAAACAGGGACAAAACUGCCUGAUCUGAAUAUGAGUGUCCCCCUCUUCAAGCCUCAUUUGAAUGUCAAAGCACCAUCUCAACCAGAAGACUCCAGCUCUUCCAGCAGUGACAAUGAAAGACAUAAUAUAGAGAAAGGUCAUGUCAGGAUCAAAAAUUCUGAGCAGCAGCCAAAGUUACCUAAGAUAGGUCUGGGCGUCCCCUACAUUAGCAGACGUCUGGAUAUCAAAGCUCCAUCACCACAGCCUGAUCCAGUUCUUACACCUGUGUCUCCAAGCUCUCGAAAAUCUGAAUCAAACUCUUCCACAAGUAAAAGUGAGGAUGAUAACAGUGUACUCGCUAAACUAGGAUUGGGAGCAACUGCAAUAUCCAAGACCACAGAAAAUGAUUUAACUGAAUCUCCCCGGUUCCCAGUGGUUCAAAUUCCUCUAAGUCCAAACGUAGACCAUGAUAUCAAAUUAGAAAAGUAUAAAGUUAUAACUGAAAAAACAAGUGAAAACAUCAACACAAUGCCAGUAAUCAACUCAGAACUUGAGUCACGGUGGGCCACAAUGAAUCUUGGUGUCUCCCGCUUUAGAAAGCGUCUUGAAAUCACAUCACGAGCACCAGGACAAUCAAAGAUGCCUUCAUCACCCGAACCUGUCUCCCCUGCUUCAUCCUCCAGCAGUGAAAGUGGGGAUGAGGGUCAAAGCGGCAGAAUACGGCAAAAGAGAAGAGGAAUUGGAAUGCAAGGAAAAAUACAUGCAGAAUCAUCUUCAAAAGCUGAAAUUACACCAGUGACUGUUUCUCUCAGUUUGAGUCAAGAUAAAAGCUUUGGCACGGCAGAGUUUAAAGAGAGACGGGGAAGACCAUCACAAAGCCAGACAUCCUCAAGCAGCGAGAGUGAGAAUGAGAUGGUAGACCACAGUGUACCUGACCUGAGCCUUGGUGUCCCACGUGUGAAGAGGCGUCUGAAUGUAAAGACAACCUUUCCAGAGCCAAGGAAUUCACUGUCUUCCAGCAGCAAUGCUGAGGUGACAGGAUACACUGCGACACAAAGCAGACAAGUAUUCAAUGUGCCUCAAUAUAGAGAUACUGACACACUGAUCACUUACAAGCGUUCCAUAUUCCAAGCCACAUCACCAUCGAGUAGUCCGCCCCCCUUUAGUGGCCAAACUAUGUAUGAUGAUACAAAACAAAGAUAUACUGAAAAUGCACAAAAAGUUCCAUCUUACAGUGUCGGAGACAGAAGUACACCUGUUGCUUCAAAGAGAUCUCUCAGUAGGAGCAUUGAUGAUUUAUUACAUAAGAGGUUUGGGAACUCCAAACGCACAACAGAACUGCCACCAGAGUUGAGGUGGACUGGUGUCGGCCGUCAUAUGCCUGACCUUUCCAUCUCCAGUAUAGGAAGACGUCAGGAUGAAGGCUUUUCAUCUCCACCUGCAGAGCCAAAACUUCCCCCACCUGGCUCCUCCAGCAGUGAAAGUGAUGAUGAAAUUAAACAAGACAGGGGAAAACCAGAUAUUACAGAACAUAAAAACCCAUCACUUAGUGCUGGCACUGUUUCCUCUGCUUCCACUAGAACCUUUGACACUGUUGACAACUCAUCCAUCAGCACAAAUAAGAUUUUGUGGGGUGUAUCUGAGGACAAAAGGCGAAGGAAAGGCCUCAGUGCACUGAAAGCCAUUUCUUCAGAGAGACAAAAGUGGGACAUAGGACAGGGAAAUGUGGAAAACAGUGCUUCAUCUCUAUUUGAUGACUAUGAUCCAAACACUGAAAACAGUUUUCACCAUCGUAGGACUGAGGAGUACAUCAAGCCCCUGUCCACACAACCACAAACACAAGCACGUCUUUCAUCCACUUCAGUAGAUGACAGAGGAGCUACAGAUUUGUUGUACGAAGUUCCCAGAUACAGGAGGCAUGGAAUUAGAAAUAAUGAACCACCACAGGAGACUCCACCUCCAGUUCCAGCGACACCACCACCAUCAGAUGAAGCAUUAGGGCUUACAUGGAUGUCACGACCGAACAGCUGGAGAGAGCGGUCAGAUGGAACCAGAUACUAUUUGCCACAGAGCAGAAACACAGGAGCAACUGACUCCUCUUCACUUGCAUCCCAAAAGUCCCUGGAAGUCCAUUUGGACUUUUCGAACAAUCCCAUUACUAAAGUCUGAUAAAGAGGUUGCGUCAUCCUAUACUCUGACAAUACAAGCACAUGAGCAACAGUUUUUAAUUUGGCCAGUCAACUACAGAAAUGUAGUGAAUUGUUUUUUUAUUUCAUAAAUAUAAAGCUUUAAAUUGGAUGUAAAUGUUUGUAAUUUAUUGUACGGCACUUUUUUUUUUUUUUUUUUUUUAGAGCAGAGGGCCCGUGUUUAUCUUUAAAGAUUUGCCUUAUUUUUGUAAAUUACUUUAAACAUCACUCAUCACAAAGAUGAAUAAUCAAUACUGUCAUCUUCACUCAUACAAUGUCAACUAGAGAAGGCAAUUUCUGAAGAAACUGUGCUGUGAAUGCUGCAUGCUGAAAAAGAUGGUGUUGUACUGCCAAUGCAGAGUCUGAAAAACUGGAAAAAUAUAUGAAAUAAUCUGAAUAAUCUAGGAAAGAUGUUGAAUAUACUAUGAAAAGGUGACAUUUCACUUGUAAUGCUGCAUAAUGAAAAAUGUUAUUACUAUAAAUAGUGUAAUAAAGAUGUUGAACAUAUUAUUAAUAGACUAAUGUUUCUAUUUCUGUGUAAAAAAAAUUAUUCAGAGGUUUUAUUUGUAGCAAGAAGUAAAUAUACUUACGCAUUAAUUAGGCACUUCACGGUUUUUUGUUAUUGUAACUCAUUCAACUUUAAGCCCACAUAUAAGCCAGUAAGUUAAUAAACCCUUUUAUUUAUGUAUAUAGACAUAGGUUAUAGUGAAAACAGACAUAUAGACACUAACACAGUUUACAUACAUAUAUACAGUUGGGACAAGGUUGUUCAUCCUCCUGCAUUGUAGUGGGAGAAUACUAAAACAUUCAUCUCUACACAGUAUUUGGUAAACAAUCCGCGACUACUUCGAUCUCGGAUGUUAUGCUGAUGGUUGAGGCUUUGUAAUGAAAAAUAGAGGCUUUAAUAGUCACAGCUGCUGUGGAUUUUAAUGGCAUGAAAGCUUGUGUUUUAUUUUCAGAACAAAUUCCAAAAAGUAUUGUAUGUGUGUCAUGACAGUGUGUUGAAAAAAGUUGCAAAACAAAAUGAUGUACUUCUAAUAAAUAAAACAAGAGUCUGUA